UUUGAACCACCAUAAAUCUGUUCUUAUUCUUGGAUAUAAGAGAAUUGAGCGCUUGACCUUGUUUUCACUGAAAAACAAACCGGGCUGUUGUAGUUGCAACACAGAUGUUUGUCAAAAACAGGGUAGAGGCGGAGCUCACCGCCGGGAGUAAGCUGGCUGGAUUCCCAGGCCUUCUCAGUGAACGCACCUUGUGUCUCAGCUUUAUGGGUGGGGCGGGGCAUCUCAAAACCUCCCACCUCGCAGCCCAACCUUUGGAGUCCUGGUCACCUUCCACUGCCCGGCUCCGGACAACAGUGAGGGUCCCAUUCGUUGUCGAGCAGGGUUUGGAAACAAAAAACAGCCAGUCUUAGCUCCGAGCCCUCGUGGCACCGCCUGCCUCGACCUCCAGGAGGCGGGCACAGCAGCUUGCAGGCGGCCCAAGGCCAGCCAAUGGCUGGGGGAUGAGCCGAGAGGAGAGAGUGCUCCUUCACUCGGGCCCAACGUCAUGAUGCUGGCUCCGCCCCUUCGCCAGCCGUCUCCCAGAGCUGGGCGGGUAAGCCAGCCACUCAGCGGACGCCGAAGCCGAACCCGAACCCGGUCUGUCACAAUGCUGCUGCACAGGGUUGUGAUUGCCCAUCUCCGACAGGCUUGCAGACGCAAGUCAACCCCCUCAAGGCUCUGCAUUCGGGCCUGCUCUACAGAUGAUUCACUUCAGCCCCAGUGCCCCAGCCUUGCCUUCUCUGGUGAUAACUCCAGCACUGGGGGAUGGAAAGUCAUGGGGACUCUGCUAGGCCUCGGCGCAGUGUUGGCCUAUCAUGACCACCGGUGCAAGGCUGCCCAGGAGUCACCACACAUAUACACAAGAGAGGAAGUGAGAUCUCACAGCAGCCCUGAGACUAGGAUCUGGGUGACUCUGGGCUGUGAGGUGUUUGAUGUUACAGAAUUUGUGGACCUACACCCUGGGGGGCCAUCAAAGCUGAUGCUAGCAGCAGGGGGUCCUCUAGAGCCCUUCUGGGCCCUCUAUGCUGUUCAUAACCAGCCCCAUGUGCGUGAGCUGCUGGCUCAGUACAAGAUCGGGGAGCUGAGCCCUGAAGACGAGGUGCCUUCCACCUUGAAGACCUCUGACCCCUACAGUGAUGAUCCUGUACGUCACCCAGCCCUGAAGGUCAACAGCCAGCGCCCCUUUAAUGCAGAGCCCCCCCCUGAACUGCUGACAGAAAACUAUAUCACACCUAACCCUAUCUUCUUCACCCGGAACCAUCUGCCUGUACCUAACCUGGACCCAGAAACCUAUCGUCUGCAUGUAGUAGGGCCACCUGGGGGUCAGUCACUGUGCCUUUCCCUGGAUGACUUGUACAAGUUCCCCAAGCAUGAGAUCACAGUCACUCUGCAGUGUGCCGGCAACCGGCGCUCUGAGAUGACUCAGUUCAAAGAAGUGAGAGGUCUGGAGUGGAAUACAGGGGCCAUUAGCACUGCACGCUGGGCUGGGGCACGCCUCUGUGAUGUGUUAGCUAAGGCUGGUCACCAACCCUGUGAAACUGAGGCCCACGUCUGCUUUGAGGGACUGGACUCAGACCCCACAGGGACUGCCUACGGAGCAUCCAUCCCUCUGGCUCGGGCCAUGGAUCCUGAAGCUGAGGUCCUGCUGGCAUAUGAGAUGAAUGGGCAGCCUCUGCCUCGUGACCAUGGCUUCCCUGUGCGUGUGGUGGUUCCUGGUGUGGUGGGUGCCCGCCAUGUCAAAUGGCUGGGCAAAGUGAGUGUGGAACCAGAGGAAAGUUACAGCCACUGGCAGCGGCGGGAUUAUAAAGGCUUCUCUCCAUCUGUGGACUGGGAUACAGUAGAUUUUGACUCAGCUCCAUCUAUUCAGGAACUUCCUGUCCAAUCAGCCAUCACAGAGCCCAGGGAUGGGGAGACUGUACAAUCAGGGGAGGUGACUAUCAAGGGCUAUGCAUGGAGUGGUGGUGGGAGGGCUGUGGUCAGGGUGGAUGUGUCUCUGGAUGGGGGCCUCACCUGGCAUGUGGCUGAGCUGGAUGGAGAGGAACAGCGUCCUCGAAAGGCCUGGGCCUGGCGACUAUGGCAGCUGCAAGCCCCUGUGCCGGCUGGAAGAAAGGAAUUGAACAUUGUUUGUAAGGCUGUAGAUGACAGCUACAAUGUGCAGCCAGACACCGUGGCCCCAAUCUGGAACCUGCGAGGUGUGCUCAGCAAUGCCUGGCACCGUGUCCACGUCCAUGUUGCCCCCUGAGAUGGUGAAAUGGAAUUACCCGCUCCCCAGGAUCAUCUUCUCAACUCCUUUCCACACACAUCAUUUUCCCUCGUUACCACAGAAAAACCUUUUCUUCCAUCUCCACUUCUUGGAUCACAACCCUAUACUAUGCCUUCCUAAAUCACACACAAAUAUGGACAUUGCACAUUUCCAUCCAGGCUCCAGCUCUCCUUUGACACUAUGUUACAUAUCCCUGUUAUCCCAGGAGAGUGGUUGGAGCAGGAGGUAGAAGUGGGGAAAUUCUGUAAACAAGCACUCUUCUCUUCCUACCCCACCUCCACUUCUAGUGUCUAUCACCACUUUAUUUUGCUUUUCUUCUUGGGAGUCUUCAAAGACUGUGUGUGGAUAUUUGUACAAAAAGUGUAUUUGCAACUUUCUACCGACCUUCUGGUUGCCAGGGGUUGUGAGAGGUGCAAUCCUGCCCCUUUAUAGUUCCACUUUUCUAAAUACAUCAAUAAAGUGUCUGUUUAAGACUACAA